GCCCGCCCCAACUCCAUCCUUUGCGGGCAGCCACGCCCCACAGUGGGAAGGAGGGACUGAAAAGCAUUUCCUUGAGGCUGGCACACCUUGUCACAUCCAAACCGAUCAUUUUCUACCCCCCUGGCUGGGCCGGUUCCAUCUGAGAGCAGAGUGGCCGGAGGAGGGACACGAACAACUCAGUCCUUGGGAAUUCUUCUCAGUGGUGCUCUGUGCAUUCUCUGAGGGCCAAGCAUAGAAGUGGACAGCUGUGUGGCUGAGAUGAGAGGGUCAUGACACGAAUGCUAUUGGAAUGCAGUCUCAGUGACAAGCUGUGUGUUGUCCGGGAGCAGCAGUAUGAGAUCAUCAUCAUCCCAACUGUUCUGGUGGGCACUUUCCUCAUCCUUCUUGCAGUCAUCCUGUGGCUUUUUAUCAGAGGGCAAAGAGCUCAACAACAGUCUCCUGGACUCCGAGGCAUUGCCCCUGUGCCUCCAUCUAGGGGCUUAAGCUUGGAGGCAGCAGGUCAUGGAGGAAGCGUGUUUGUGCCACUUAAAGAGACAUCGGUGGAAAGCCUCCUACAAACCAUGACUCAUGCUCUGGCUAAGCUGCAAGUGCCCCGGGAGCAAUUCUGUGAUUCUCUGGAGCAGAUCCACAGUGGUAGUUAUGGAGCCAUCUAUCGAACCAAGAUGUACACUGGGGACCCUGCUAAGCCAAAGAGCGUUGUCAUCAAGGCUUUGAAAGAACCAGUUGGGCUCUAUGAGGUGCAGGAUUUCUUAGGGCGAAUCCAAUUCUAUCAGUACUUGGGGAAGCACAAGAACCUGGUACAGCUGGAAGGCUGCUGCACAGAAGGGCUGCCGCUCUAUAUGGUGUUGGAGGAUGUGGCCCAAGGAGACCUGCUCAGCUUUCUCUGGACCUGCCGGCGGGAUGUGAUGACCAUGGAUGGCCUUCUCUACGAUCUCACAGAAAAACAAGUAUAUCACAUCGGAAGGCAGGUCCUCCAGGCUUUGGAAUUUCUCCAGGAUAAGCAUCUGUUCCAUGGGGAUGUGGCAGCCAGGAAUAUCCUGAUCCAAUGUGAUCUUACUGCUAAGCUCUGUGGAUUGGGCCUGGCUUAUGAAGUCCAUGCCCGAGGGGCAAUCCCAGCUACUUACCCCAUACCUCUCAAGUGGCUCGCCCCAGAACGGCUUCUGCUGAGACCAGCUGGCAUCAGAGGAGAUGUCUGGUCCUUUGGAAUCCUGCUUUAUGAGAUGGUGACUCUAGGGGCACCGCCAUAUCCUGAAGUUCCUCCAACCAGCAUCCUGCAGCAUCUCCAAAGAAGGAAAAUUAUGAAGAAACCAAGUAGUUGCACGCAUACCAUGUACAAUCUUAUGAAGUCUUGCUGGCGCUGGAGUGAGGAGAGCCGCCCUUCACUCAAAGAGCUACACUCACGCCUCGAAACUGCCGCUCGAUCUGCCAAUGACAAGGCUGUGUUGCAAGUGCCUGAGCUGGUGGUGCCUGAGCUGUAUGCAGCUGUCGCAGGUAUCAGCCUGGAGAGCCUCUCCUACAGCUACAGCAUCCUUUGAAGAUCCUUGGGCACGAAACAUUGACUGGUGAUCACAUCCUAUUGAAAAGAACUCCUCCAAGGACAGAAAACAGCUUUCUAGCGGGACAUAAAGGGAGAAAUAGGACCUUCCCCUACACAUUUCCCUGGAUACCUGAAGUGAUGCGAAAUGAGGCUCUCCACACCGUCUACCAUGGAGACUGAGGAGUACAAUUUCAUCUCUGCUGUCUCAGUCCUGAAGACCCAGGGUAGACGGUGGUGGAUAGUAGCGUUGCAAAGAAGGGCUUGGAAAUCUCCAGUGUUUGUCUGGCAUUGCACUCAUAAGCUGGCCCUCCCACCACAGGCUGGUUUCCUCUUGAAGCAUGCCUCUACCUAACUUAUUACAGGGCCCAGAGAAGUUGCAGUCAGCUGAGGGGAUAGAAAGCUGACAAAGAAGCUGAUGAGAAAGAGAAUUAAAAGGAGUAUAGAUGUGCACCAAGGUCAUCCUUCAAAGAGGUGGUGGAGGAAGGAGAGAGAUAAAGUUCUUCAAUCCUGGUCCAUCCUUGCGGGACUGGAGGAGGACCAGGAAGGCAAACUUGUGAGCUUCCCUUUGGGUACAGAUAGGAGAAAGAUGGUCUCCUUUUAUCUACUUAUGAGACAAGUGAACUCUGCUGGAAAUACUUUUAACUGGAGCUGGAGGGGUCCUUUCAUGAUUAAGAACAUUCAACAUCUAUUGUUCAUCAGACUAGCUUCCUGGUCCCCAUAAGACUGUCAGCCCCUUUAGGCUGACAAUGAAUAUACAGUUGACCCUUGAACAAUAUAGGUUUGAAAUGUGUGGGUUCCCUUACACAUGGAUUUUUUUUUCUUGAUAAAUGCAGUACAAUACUGUAAAUGUAUUUUCUCUUCCUUAUGAUUUUAACAUUUUCUUUUUUUCUAGUUUAUUUAUUGUAAGAUUACAGUGUAUAAUACAUAGAACAUACGAAAUAUGUGUUGAUUGACCGUUUAUGUUUUUGGUAAGGCUUCUGGUCAACUGUAGGCUAUUACUAGUUAAGUUUUGGAGUCCAAAGUUAUAUACAGAUUUUUGACUGUGCAGGUGUCGGCGCACUUAAUCCCUGUGUUGUUCAAGGGUCACCUGUACUAUGUAUUUAAUAAGUAGGAAAUGUGAAUGCUUAGUAGUCCAGAAGGUCUUUAAAAGGGUUAGAAAACGAUGUCAUCUGAGACAGAAGGAUGGUAGUUUCUGAUUUUCAAUCAUUCACUGAUGUACCGUGACACUUCAUUAAAUUAAUAUUUAUUGGGUAAAAAUAGGAUUUUCUAGUAUAUAGCUGCCAAAAUCUCUAUAAUAGAGAGCAUGAAAGUAAAUAAAUG